AUGCACUCCGGACGCGCUUCUCCACAGUCCCGCCAGGGCUCGCUGGCCUCCGACAAGCCCUUGUCUGAUAUACAGCCCCUCCGCAACAGUCGCGCCUCUCUUGCCAACGUCCAGGUGCCCUCUUUUGCGUCGUUUCGCGCUCAGACGCCCUCGAUACCUAGUUCGUCGCCCGUUCGGCGCAAGCCUCUGCCUCCGACCGCUUCGCCCGUAGCCUCGCGAUUCUCCUCCGCCUCGUAUAUCGUGAAGCCCAAGCUCCCUGAGAGAGAUCUGGGCCAGAGGGCCUUUUCUGUCGACAGCACCCCGCUCGGCAACACACCGUUGUCGGAGAAGAUACCUUCCUUGCCCCUGGCUACGACGCAAGAGGAAUUCGUCCCCAGAACACUCCACGAAUACUCGGACGGCCACGCCCCGGCAAUCCCUCAAUCCUCCCCUCUGGAUCCCCUUGACGAUUAUAUAGACGGCGACGACGAUACUGCGCGCAGGCAGUCUUCACAAUACGGCGACACAUUGGACGCCGCGCCCGCGCGGCCCCAGCUUGACCGAUCUGCCACCAGUUAUCACACAGCAAGAAACUCCGGUGAUGAAACGGGUGCCGAACCGGAUUCUCACUGGCCCCAAAAUCACACCCGAACACCGACAAUGUCCUCAUAUGCCUCCAACAGGCCGCCCGACUUGACUGUACAAGUGCAUGGAGAAGACGGCGUCACGGGGGAUCACUUCAACUAUGACCAGAUCACGACACCCGAGGAGGCUCCAAGAGAGCCGCCCAAAUCCCCCGGAAAGUUCUCCUCCCUCUUUGGCUGGAGGUCUUCAUCCUCUCAAAACCUUGGGCCGGAGUCGCCAACGACAACCUUCUCCGAGAAGUCAAUGUCUCCCCGGGCGUCCCCCGCCAUGAAGGCCGCCGCCCCUUCUGGUUUGAAUGUGUCUGCCGCCAAUGCGGAUGCUCAACAUUCCUACUUCACCGUGCCUGGCACACCGCUUUUCUCCUCGUCGCAGAGCGUGAAUGCACAUGUGGAAGAGCUUGAAAGAGAGCUCCGCGAAAUAAGCGCAGAGUUGGCGGGCUCCAUCCGGAGAGAGAUGGAGCUUGAGGACGAGCUCGAGCGACUGCAGUCCGACCAUCCUCUCAGCGUCUCAGAUGGGAACCGCAGAACUAGCGACUACUACUCCGAUUCAGGUGCUAGUUCUGCAAGGUUCCCGAUAGGUGACAGCGAGCAGAAGAUUGAACAAUUGGAGAAGCUUCGGAGGAAGGCCGAACAGGAAAAGGCGCAGGUGAAGGGUGAAAUGGCGGAAAGGCUUCAGGACGAGUUGCGGAGGCGUACCGACCUUGAAGCUCAAGUCUUUGGUCUUGAAGAGCAGCUGCAAGAGCACCAAAAUGGCAACGCGGACAAUGCUUCCCUUGAGGAUGUCCGACGGCGGCUUGCUGAAGAACAACAGUCUAGAGAGAACUUCCAAGACCUCUUUGCCGCAGUACGGCAAGAACACGACCAGGAUCGCCAGGAACGGGACUAUCUUCGAGACCAAGUUUUGCCAGACCUGAGGGCUCGCCUAGAGGGUUUGGAGAAGGGUAGUGCCAACCAAAUAGAGCACGUCCAAGAACUCAGUGAGGAGAACAGUCGCCUGCGGCGCGCACUGGACACAUCCCGCAACGACGCAAAUCUCGCAGAGAUCUCCCAACUGCAGCCCAUCCUGGAAGAGAACGCCAAACUCCAACAGGAAAUUCAGUCGCUCCGCAACGAAAACCAGACUCUGGCCAACGCUAGAAGGACGGAGCUCGAAAUGAAGCGCCAGAGCAACCAAUUUAACUCUAUUGCCGAGGAGAGUGAUGACUCUGGGGCACCGGCAACCCCGAAGAUUGGGCUUUCUCGCUCCAAUUCCCUCGCACGGAACUCCGUGCAGAUGCUGAGACGCGGUUCGAAGGCAUCCUUGACAAGGUCAAACUCUGUCAAGGAUCUCAGGGCGGAAAGCCCACGCGAGCUUGGCGAUCGUUUGAAGGACCUUGAGGAACAGCGUAGCGCUCUUCACCAAGCACUCAAGAACCUCUUGAUCCGCCAGGAUAUGCAGCUCAAGCAGCAUGAGAAACGGGUUCAUCUCUUGGAGACGGAGAGAGACCGUGCUCUUAACAUUAACCCCCGCCGGAACGCCUUCCAUACGGAAAUUUCCAACCUGAGAGAUGAGAUCAACCACCUGCGACGUCGUGCAGACGAUGCGCUGGACCAGAAAUGGGUGGCUGAGAAGAACCUGGGCGGUAUCCGCAUGGACCUUGGUCGUGCCGAGCAGGAAACCACCUCUCUCCGUGAUCUUUUGCAAGAACGCGACAUUUUCGUCCAGGAGCGUCGGUCUUCCGCCGCCAGCAGCGCGUACGAAGACGAGCCCGCCGGCCCUGUCGUCUCGCUCGAUAAGGCUUUCAAGGAACUGCAAACCACCCAUGCUCUUUCGCUGGCGCGCGUCAAAGACAUGGAAGCCGAGCAGGGUGAGACGAGUGCUGAGGCUGAGCGCGUCAUGGAGUUGCUCAAGCAGUCCAUUUCGGAGGCGGAAGCCGAGCGUGACCACGCGCAGCAUGAAGCCGAGCAGUACAGGCAACAAGCCCAUGCGCUGCAGCAAUCUGAAGGCCAUCUCGCCAGUGAGGAGACCCUUGCGGCGCAGCUGUUUGCCGCCGCGACCCGCAUGGACGAGCUUGCGGCGCAGGUUCAGCAGCAGCUGCACUCCAACACGGCGCUUAGGCAGCGUCUCGCCGAAGCAAUUGAGCGCGGCGAGCGCGAGCAGCGCCUCUCGGCGACGCGCAUCAUGGAGAUGCAGAGCAAACUGCGAAAGGCUGAAGAGCGCGUCACGGCGGCGCAGCAACACUCCGAAUCGACCAUUGCGGUGCACGAGGAGGAGCUGCGCGACCUGCAGGAGGGCCAGAACGCGCAGCUGCAGCGCAUGAAGGCCGGCGCGCUGCUCGACGUGCGCAGUGUGCGCAUGGGUCCGUCGAGCCCGUUGAGCCCGAUGUUCACGCACCGCUCGCCGAAGAUUGACAAGACGACGAGCGGACUGGGCAUCAGCAUGGCCCAGGCGACGAACACGGAGAACCUUGAGGUGGGCGUGGAGCAGCUCGAGCGGGCGCUGUCGGAGGCGGACCGCGAGAUGGAGGAGGUUGUGGGCCGUAUGAACAGGGCCCAGCUCGAGGUCGCAGACCUGCAGGCCGAGAGGGAUGACGCUAUGAGGGAGACGAGGAGACUGCAAACGGAAAUUAUGGCGGAGAGGGAGCAGGUGAGGUCGUUGAUGGCUUAG